AUGGAGCAUGACUUCACUAUCGCCGGCUAUCCGCAUUCGUACCAGCUGAACGACGUGGACAGCCCGCGGGUGCUGCCUUUCACAAUCGUGUAUCUGACUUCGGGCAUGACCGCCAUUUUCGGCCUAGUCAGCAUCGCUGCAGCCGUCAUGUCUUCUGCCGACUCCUCCAUGCUCAGCGCCUCCACAAUGAUCACCAGGAACGUCUACCAAGCGCUUAUACGGCCAGCAGCCACGGAAAUGGAGGUUGUGAUCACGCUGCGCAUCAUGAUCUGCGCCUUGGGCUCGCUGUCCGUCUACAUGGCACUCUCGGUGAACUCUGUGUUUGACCUGUGGACACUGUGCUCGGACAUCGUCUACGUCCUGCUCUUCCCGCAGCUCCUGUGCGUGUUUUACUUCAAGGAGACCAACGCGUACGGCUCAGUCCUGGCAUUCAUCGUGGGCGGUGUGUUCCGGUGCCUGUGCGGCGAGCCCUCCAUGAACAUACCCGUCCUGGUGCGCCUGCCCCUGUACGACCCCGUGGCGGGCCAGCGGUUCCCGUUCCGCCUGCUAUGCAUGGCACUCGGGCUGUGCACGCUCCUGCUCGGCUCGUUCGCGGCCACCACGGUCUUCCGUCGUGGCCUGCUGCCCGAGCACUUCGACGUGUUCCACUGCUUCGUCAAGCGGCCGCCGAUGUCGCAGCUACGGGUCGACCAAACCACGGGGACAUGCAUGGCGGGAAUCGAUCACACGGCCACGGCGCAACACGCCGUCUCUCGUCGCGGCUCCACCACGGACGUCGCGGUCACCGAGAAGGAGGUCCCCUUGGGGAUUUCAAAGGACGACCACAAGUCGUCUCUUGUCGUGCCUUUCCAAGCCAGGGAUGACGGUGGCGGCGGCCACACCAAUAGGCAAUCCUGCUUGGCCCCGCACAAGAGGCGAUCGGACGAGUCAGAAGUGCAUAGGAACGCGCGCUUGGUCGCCUCGGGGUUCACCGGAGCAAUCGUGCCGUCGUCCAGGGUGCUGGAAACGUCGCCAGCGGAGGACGCCAUGGCCGAGCGGAAGACGUUGCACAAAACAUCUAUGUCUGGCGGCGCCAAAGGCGGAUGUAAAGCGACACACAAGAAGUCCGUGGCCGGCGGAUCCGAAGGCUUGACGGACGGAGGUGUCUCGCGCCUCUGA